CCCGGUACUUCCUCCUUCCGGAGCCUCGCGAAUAUAAACACUGACUUUUAACACUGCGUCUACACAAACCAAGAGCCAACCGACCGGACUGCUAAUCCGUGGAAUAAACCUAGACGGUUUUGGUCUUUCUUUAGUCUCUUCGCCUUCCAUUAGAAAAGCAAUGAGCUCGGCCGAUGUGGAGAGCCUCGAGCCCCGCGCUCGCCCGCGCAGCAGGUGUUUGGACGUGUGUCUCGUGGGCUCCGUGACCACCCUGUUCGCGCUGGUGCUCGGCGGCGCGGGAGCCGCGCUGAUGUUCGUGAAGGACCUUCCAGACGUGGCGGAGUCUCAGCGGAGCCAUGGGCAGAUGCCUUCGGGCCUGCUCAGCUACCAGAUGCAGAACUUUGCCUACAUGCGUGCCACAUCCCAAAUUGUGACUGACGUAAUGAAAUGGGAGCCUGUGAAGUAUGGCAAUGGAACUACAAUGGGCUCACGCUACAGCUACAACACCAAUCAGGAGGCCCUGACAGUGUCGCAGCAAGGAAGCUACUUUCUGUACACUCAGCUUAGGUUUACGUGCGUACACAAAUGCAACAGCACCACCCUGACGGUGACCUUCCAGGACCAGUUUGCAGUUAAACAUCUCUCCUGCACCGUUAAGCUGCCAGAGAACUUCGAGCCUGUGAUGAAUAAGUGCUGGACUGUCAUCCCCGCACCUGAAGGGGGACAGCAGGAUCCUGGCCAGAGUUUCCGUGCAGUCCAGCAUGGGACAACUGGAAACUCGACAUGAACAGUUCUGGAUUUGGGAUGUUUCUGGUGGGACAGUCCCAUUGUAGGCAGACAUAAGGUGGUCACCAGCAGGACACACAUGCCUUACACACGGAGGUGACUCCCCAAAUACACACAUGCCUUACAGAUGGAGAGGGACUCACCAAAUACACAGGUGCUUUACACACGGAGAGACAUCUUCAGACACACAGCUUUAAGCACAGAGAGGCCUCCGCAAACAUGUACCUCUCUGCAUCUGAUGAGUUUUUUGGGGGGCCAUGAACUUUGCACUUUUUGACCCACUCAGGGAGGACUGUCAGCAAGCACUAGGCCUAGACUAUUUAUACUUUUUCUACUCAUAUCACCUAUUUAUACUGAAUUUGUAUAUUUUAAAGUUAUUUAUGGAGUGUGCAAUGUAUGUGGAACAUAUGUAAUACACUUGUGUUUAUACCAUUUUACUGUAAGACAGUGAGAAGGUGUUUACUGUUAGACAGUAGCUGCAGAGUAGAUGUCACUACCGAUUAGCUGGACUGGGCUAGCCAGUGCAGCAUGUCUGCAGGAGCUGUGUCUUCUGAAAGACAGGAAGGUCAAACCGCACUCCAUAUUCACUAAGUGCCUGGCCACAGCAGUGCAGACCCAGGAACAGUAUUGGGAAGUUUCUUGGGUGCCUUGACUGUGUGCUGAGGAGGAGGGUGCAGCCCCGCACUGUGCACAUGGAGCUCAGGCUGGUACUGAGACCGCUGCAAACUUCCCAGUGGAAUGGAUUAUUCAUAUAAUCAAUAAAGCCACAGUUUUAUC